UGACACACAUUAAGUCAGCUUGUCUGCAUUCCUCUUCUCUCCCAGCAGCCUAGCCGACAGAGACAGAAAGAAAAGAGAGAGACAGAGGAGGAGGGGGGGAAGAAAACACAUUAUUAUUCACAAACCUAUAGGUUUUUAUAAAGCACGGAAUCGACCUAUACCGGAUACAUUACGCCACGAAACAACCAGAACCCCCCCUCCGGUUCAGACGACUUCUCCAGGACUACAAAACCGAAAGAUAUAUAUAUAUAUAUAUAUAUAUUUCUAUUUUUUAAUGACGGGACUUUUCCUCCGUGUGUUUGUGCGUAGGUCAGCGUAUCCAAAAGCAGCUUCGGACAUUUUCACAGCGGAUAUCUGCUUUUUUUUCUUUCCUUCUUUUUUAAAUGGAGAUUUGCAAGAUGGCUGAUGACAGCUAACCCCAACAAGGGCAGAAAUCCGCGACGUCCCCUUUAAGAACAGGAGGGUAUAUUUUUGUAUUUUUUAUUAGCUUAAUAUAUAUAUAUAUAUAUAUAUAUAAAAUGUUUGUCUGUUAUAAGUUAUGAGUGUAGCUAGGAUCAAAGGAGUCAAUCCUGUGCUUGUGUGUACCUGAGCUAUGGUUAAAAAAAAUGAUGAGGUGACGUCUGAGGUAAUUUAGGCGAUUUAACCGAGAUAAGGAAGUGGACAGAAUAUGCUAGCUAACGGCUAAUAAGGUUUGAGACCAAAGUGCUAAACAAAUGUAACGUCUGAGGUGAUAAUGGUGGUAAUAAUCAUUGUUCGAGCAGAUAUUUGAUAGAUGUGUCAAAGCGAGAGAGAGGAAAGGAGUAGGGGGGGGGAAGCGAACAGCUCUGCAACGGCAGCCAACAUUCCUGCGGAUCCUAAAAGCCUUUGUUUUGUGCGCAGGAGCUGGACUGGACCAUUAAAACGAUUAACUAUGCAGUAAACAGCCUCGACGCGAUGGCCUGGGUGUAAUUUCCACUGGAGUUGGAUUAUAAGGCCUUUUGUUGUGAGAGAGAAACCUGCUUAGAUCAGUUAAAAUAAGAAAAAAACAGGCCUUGUGCUCAUUAAAGCCACAUUCAUCAUUUUAUUUGAGAUUAAAAGGCAGGAGGUUGUAUCUUUUGUUUGUUUUUUUAUUUAUCUGAGCAGAACGACGGUUUUUCUCCAACCACCGCAGGUUGUGUGUCUGGUUAGACUGCUGCUAGAUGCUUAUUUAUAAUUCAGCGGACAAAAGCAUUGCGCUGCGUGCUGAUUAUUGAGGGAAUCAGGCGUCCUUGAGGCUCCUAUGGAAAACAUUCACAUUUUCAAAGGCGUUUCUCUGUGUGUGUGAAUAGCAACCAGGGUGUGGACCUGAAGCAGCCUAUUUUUUCAGGCUGAAUUGGUUUAUAGUCUACCGUAAUCCGUUGUUAGGGGGAAGGCCAGGAGUGCAAGCAGAAAAUAUCAAGAUCCUGGUCAUGUGUCACAUAGAUUUGCAUCCGUCUGGGUGAUGGUUCAUGGUUCUGUGUGCCUUGGUUUACCUGUAGCAGAUGGUUUUGGCUCUAUGACCAGGCUCUGAAUCACUACAGGCAGGUCUGGUGGUUCUUGGGGUGAGUUGGAGGAAAGAAAAGCUCUGCUUCCUGUGAUCUCAAAUCCAGCUUGGAUUUCUCCUUUCAACUUCAGUCCAGGUUUCAUAAUUUUGCCUUCAAGCUGCAUUAAUAAGCAAUACUUGUCAUUUUUCUGAAAGGGUGUGCUGAAAAUAUAGAUCUUUCGGGACUUUUUUUUGUUUUGUCGAGAGUAUAAGGUUUUUCUCUUGAGAGAGUUCUGAUUUGUAUGCCUGCCUGCACCACAAUGGCCUCUGACAUGGCUGAGACAUGGAGGAACUGUUUUGAGGAGGAGCUCAUCUGCCCCAUCUGCCUGCACGUGUUCUCUGAUCCCAUCCAGCUGCCCUGUAAGCACAACUUCUGUCGGGGCUGCAUCAGCGAGGCCUGGGCCAAAGACUCCUCUCUGGCUCGCUGCCCCGAAUGCAAUCAUGCCUAUACGCAAAAGCCCAGCCUAGAGAAGAACCACAAACUGUCCAACAUAGUGGAGAAGUACAACGCCCUGAGUGUGGAGAAGGCUGGAACCCCGACGCUGCAGUGCAUCCUGUGCCGCCGAGGCCCGCCGCUGCCCGCUGUCAAGGUGUGCCUGCGCUGCAACGCCCCUUGCUGCCAGUCCCACAUCCAGACUCACCUUCAGCAGCCGUGCUCGGCCCUGGGGCACCUGCUGGUGGAGGCAGAGGCGGUGAAGGCCUGGACGUGCCCACAGCAUGACGAAUACAGGCUGUACCACUGCGAGGCCGAGCAGACGGCUGUGUGCCAGUACUGCUGUUUCGCCCGGUGCCACCCCAGCCAAGGCCACGCCGUCAGUGACGUGGAGCUGCGGCGCAACGACAUCAGACAAAACCUGCUGAGACAGCAGGAGCGAGUAGAGGAGAGAGUGCAGGAGAUCGAGGAGCAGCUUUGCAAACUUGACUCUGACAAGUGCACAGUGGAGGACAGAGUGUGCGAGCUGAAGGAGGAGGUGCGCCUGCAGUACCAGCGCAUGCAUCAGCUCCUGGAGGAGGAUCUCGGUCGUACGCUGGAGGCUCUGGAUCGGGCUCAGGCUCGCUUCUUCCAGGAGAAUGCAGCCCAGGUUUUGGCCCUAGGGGAGCAGCGCCAUGAGGCCCAAAAGCUACUGAGCUCCAUCAACACGGCCUUCAGCAAGGCAGAGGAGCUGAGCUUCAUGAAGAACACAAAGCCUGUUAAAAUCCUCACAGACAGAUCUCAGGCAUGUGUGGGAAGCAGCCUCCCUCCUUACAAAGUUGGGAAUCUAAACUCCAAGCUGUUUCUUUCCGAGAUCUCAAAAAGAGAGAAGAGCUUGAAGCGAACUCUUGAAGUUCCCCUCACCCCUCCAUCAGCAUUCCUGCAGACCGUCGCUGCUUUCCCCAGCGGUCAGAGCUCUGGCUCCGGAGCGGAGAAAAGGAAACAUUCCAACGCCUUCCCAGAGGGAAACGGAAACACGGGCAAAAGCAGCGCUCCGGGUUUUAAAGACUCCUCCUCAUCUUCCUCUUCGUCACUAGCUAAGCAGCCCUAUCUAGGAUCUGGCUCCGCCUCCGGAGAGGGCCAGUCCACCAAUCAGCAGACUCUGGGCCCCUGUGCCCCGCCUCACAUCAGCGAAGGCGGCGGUGCUGGAACCGGCUCACUGACCAACCACCACUCUGGUUCCGUGUUCAGCUCCUCGCAUUUCCCACCGGGAGGAAGCAGCUCCUCCCACUCCUCCCAGCAGGCCGUGCUCCCGCAGUACGGCGGCCGCAAGAUCCUGGUCUGCACCAUGGAUAACUGCUACUGCUCUGGAGUGCCGUCUGUGUCGGGCCACCGCAGCCACCCUCCGUACCCGCGGUCGGGCUCAUUCCCCUGGGUGAGCCCCCAGGACUACCCUCCUCCUCCGAGCCUGGCUUCUGGAGGUCCGUCCAUGCAGGGGCUGGCGGUGAGGGACUGGAUAGACGCCUCCCAAACACACAGACACGCAGAUUUCUACGGGCUGUAUGGCCAACCUUCCACCAAGCACUAUGUCACCAGUUAACACAGCAGAUGGUCUCCUAAAUUAAAGAGACAGGCACCAAUAUAGCACACCCUCACAGAUUUAUAAAUCUGAAAAAACAAAAACACUGAAACUGUGUUUGCAUCUGCGCACAGAUGUAGAUUCGGGGGGCAGGGUUGAUCCGUUUUUAAUAUUACUUUCAUUCAUCCAGUGUUUUCAUGUAGAUAAAACACAAACUCUGCCCACUUUGGCACAACUCGGCUCUGUGUUACAGAGGAAUAAAAAAUGUUAUUAAAAAAAACAAGGGUUCAGAAGGCAACGGCAACGUUUAUCUUUUUAUUUAUAGAGUAGGAUGCAAAUUGAUAGAAAAUAAACUCUUAUUAGGGAAAAAAAUGCUUUUAAUGCUUUGUCACAAUUUCUCACCAAGGAAAAAAUAGAAGAGAACAGGCUUCUGGCUUCAGCUCAUGUUCCUCUCGAUAUAAUCACCCCUGAAGUUACGCUGAGGCCCAGCUGCCUUAUGAUAUUUUUCCACGAGCUGACUUUGUUUGAUCCUUUUUUUUUAAUGGGGAAGAUCAUCCUCGCAUUUUGUUUAUUUUUUAUUUUGAUCAUCUCGGCACUUCUUCCUUUCAUUUGCUGAGUUCAGGGAUGCAUCGCACAGCUUGAACGCAAAACGCUCUUCCAUGGAACACCCACAAUGCACUUGUGGACGCCUUCCUAAGGACGGGCCCCCCCCCCUUACUUCCUGCUGCCACAGAAGGACAGACUAAAGACUUCAAAGACUGUUUUCCCUGGUUUCUUUGUGAUUAAUAUGACUUUGUGUUAUUUGGUACAUCUGUAGGAAUCAUGUAGAGACAAUGACUUCACAAAACCAAUCAUGCAUCUGGACGAUCUAAGGAUGCUGUAAUUGUACUUCCUGCAGGGCAAAGAUGUCACUUCCUCUGAAAAAAAAAAAAAAAAGCACAUGAGCUAUUGACUUCCUGUUUGCAGCUGAAAGCAUGUAAGGAAGAAUGUUUUUUUUUUUUUCUUUUUUAAAGCACUCAGAAACAGAAAACAAUGUGGAGGGGGCAGUUUUAAAAUGAGUGUAUAAAAGAAUGGUGGGAGGAAGUUUUUUUUUCAUGGUCUUUUUCUAGAACAACAAAGCUGAAAGAUGUAAGAAACGAUUCAUCAUCAUACAAAGGAGCUGUUACAACACCUAACAUAAGGAGGAGAAAAAAUCGUUCUCUUUUUUUGUAAAUAUUUUGUGAAAUGGGAAA